AUGUCAUCACUGACGUAUUUCACCCACAAAGGCACCCCUUUCUUAAUAGAUGAACACUCAGUGGAAACACUCAGCUUUGUGGAGAAUGAAUUCCAGCUCCUGGAUGACGAUACAGUGGUGGUCACUUACCCCAAGUCAGGCACCUUUUGGAUGCAAGAGAUCUUGGGCUUGAUCCGGCAUGAUGGAGACCCCUCAAGGGUCCAGAAUCUGGGCCUACCGCAGCGGCCCCCAUGGAUUGAGCAUGAGUAUUGCUUGAAGCGUGCCUUGGCACUUCCUCCACCCAGGCUGCUAUCCAGUCACCUGCCGUUUCAGCUCUUCCCUAAGUCCUUCCUCCACUCCAAAGCGAAGUCCCUCGACUGGAUGGCCAAAAACGCCUAUCCGGCAGAAAUCCCGAGCACACGGACUGGGGAGACAAAAGCCACCUCCGUCACUCCGUCCGCGUUGCACUGCAUGAUCCUCCAGCAAGAUGUUUUUCUCCAAGAGGAGCAGGACCGGGGAAAGGAGGUUGCCUUUGGUUCCUGGUCUGACCAUGUGAAAAACUGGCUGGAACUGAAGGACAGACCCAACUUCUUCUAUAUCACCUAUGAGGAGAUGCUGGCAGACCUGUGAGGCAGCGUGGAGAUGAUUUGCCACUUCCUUGGGAAAGAGCUGAACAGCCAGCAAGUGGACUCUGUGGUGGAAAAUGCCUCCUUUCACAAGAUGAAGGACAAUAAGAUGUCCAACUUCUCCCAGGUGCCGGACACAUAUGCUGACCACAAGAAGGGAUGCUUCAUGUGGAAAUGGAACUGCCUGGGUAUCAGCUGUUGGUAG